AUGCUGCCGCUGUACCCCCUUCUCGCCCUGUUGGGCUUGGCGGGCGCCUCACCUGCCGCCCACGCUUCGCCCUUCGAUAAAGCCGACGCUCUUGCCGACUGCCUGUCAAAGUCUGGCGUGCCGACAGAUGCCCUUGGGACUGACGACUGGAAGCUUGAUGUCGCUCCAUACAACCUCCGACUCAACUUCACCCCGGUGGGGAUUGCCGUGCCCACUACACCGAAACACGUUCAAGAUGCAGUUGCUUGUGCCGCCAAGCUCGGUGUCAAGGCUAAUGCGAAGUGCGGCGGGCACAGUUACGGGUCCUUUGGACUGGGAGGCGAGGAUGGGCACUUGACAAUCGAGAUGGACCGGAUGAACAAGGUCGUUCUGGACAACACAACCGGCAUCGCCACGAUCGAAGGUGGCUCACGUCUAGGCCAUGUCGCAUGGGAACUUUACAAUCAAGGGAAUAGAGCCUUUAGCCACGGGACAUGUCCAGGCGUGGGUGUUGGCGGACACGCACUUCAUGGAGGAUACGGCGUCAGCUCGCAUACCAAGGGGCUGGCCGUGGACUGGAUGGUCGGGGCGACGGUUGUUCUCGCCAAUUCAACCAUCGUGAACUGCUCGGCGACCGAAAACCCGGAUUUGUUCUGGGCACUUCGCGGUGCCGGCGGGUCGAUGGGUGUCGUGACGCAAUUCCGUUUCCAUACGUUUGUGGUCCCUCAGAAAUUGACCUUCUUCGUCGGCGCUAUGCAGUGGCCGACACAGGAGAGAGCGCUGGUCGGCAUGCAAGCAGUCCAGGACUUUGCCCAGAGUAUGCCGCCCGAGUUGAACAUGCGUCUUUUCAUUGCGCCACGGUUCAUCAACAUCGAGGGGCUGUACUACGGUGAUUCGGCGACUUUGACAGCCACCCUGGCACCACUUGUCAAGAAAAUCAAUGCCACGAUGCAACUAGUGCAGGAGGGCGGGUGGCUGGAUCAGCUCAAGCACUUUGGCAACGGUGUCACCGUUGACCAGACUCAUCCGUACAACUUUCACGAGACUUUCUACUCGUCCAGUCUAUACACCAACGCGCUCAACGAUACGCAGCUCAAGUCCUUCGUUGGCUACUGGUUCAACGUUGCGAAGAAGAACAAGCGCGAUUGGUACGUGCAAAUCGACCUCCACGGCGGGAGCACGUCUGCGGUAACGAAGCUGGAGGUGGACGCCACAUCGUAUGCCCACCGCGAUUAUCUUCUCAUGUAUCUCUUCUACGACCGGGUCGACAGGAAUGUUGCGUACCCGGCGGACGGAUUUGCAACCACGCAGAACUUCAUCCGCAACAUCACGGACGGCAUGGGAAAUAGGGCGUGGGGCCAGUACAUCAACUACCCAGACCCCAACAUGGACCAGAUCACGGCGCAAGCCAACUACUGGGGCACCCAUUUGCCGAAGCUACAGGCAGUCAAGAAGGCCGUGGAUCCCGGAGACGUGUUCAACUAUCCACAGGGCAUCUUGCCUGCAUGA